AUGAUUCUGAAUAGACUAUCAAAACAUUCCAAAGACAUCAAAAAAUAUCAGAAACUGAUAAAGGUAGCUCUUGUUAUAGUGCCUUUACUGAUAUUCAGAGUGAAAAAACAGAGUGAAAUUUCUAGUGCAGAGCCUGUACAACACUAUUUAGAUGGAACCAUCAAGGUUGUCAAUAGAGACACCGGGCCCUUCUUCAUCGGGAACAAGUUUGCCCUUAAUAGUCUACCGCCAAGACUGUCCUUGAGGAUUCAAGGAUAUCCAGAGUAUAAGGAAAAUUAUCAUCCUUUAAUCUCAACCUUGAGGUCCAUGAACAUCAGGAACAUUAAUGUGAUCAUUGAUCUAAACCCACCUGAUGAGAAGUGCAUCUACUUGUUUGAAAUAGAUCUGAGCUUUGGGAGCAAGGCAUGUGUGCUGAUACACCCAUUAAAGAAUCAUCAGCCAAACUCAGACUUCCUCCUCGUUGCCGGGGAGUUCUUUCCUUUCAAACUGGCAUUUGAUCCUAUGGACAUCAUUCUUACAAACACCCCAUCAAACCGCUUGUACAUAGUACUGAAGGAUACACCCAGGAGCUUAAAGGUAUUCCUGAAUUUCAUCAAAUCCAUCUCAUUUAUAAGAACUCAUCCAUAUGGAAGCUACUUUUACAUUCCUGUGAAUGGCGGAUACAUAGAUAUGAUCGUGUUCGUCCCACUGGUGCUUUCUGUCUUGGCAUACUAUACAUUUGAUUGGGCCUAUGCACCCUAUCAUAUUUCUACCCCAAGAAUAUUUAUUGGGGCCCUUCUUUACUCAUUCUUUCCCAUGUCGUUCUUGUUCUUUACAAGAAAAAAUGAGUCUCCAUGCCUUGCAAUAAUCUUCAUGGUCCUGAAUCCAAAGAUAGGCCUGGCAUACAUAGGAAUAUGCUAUCUGAGAAUGGUGUGGGAUGUAAUAUCCAUCAUCAGAUCCACUUUCAAGUCGCCAGAUGUGAGCUUGAUAAAUGCAGAGCUUGUUCUGAGCCGAAAAGCUAAAAGCAAGAUGGAAUAA